UUAUUUAGCCACAAAGUGACCAUUCGCUGCUGGUCAAAAUGUCCAACAAUCCAGUAGCUGGUCCCAGUCGCAAAAGGGACUCACAGCCGAAAAACGACAAUCCAAUCCCCGAUAAGCGCAACAAAUUCCACUUGACAUCUCCAGAUGCCGAUACGUACUCCGCUUCCGGUUUGAAAUUAACACUUCACGGAGUGACGUUUCAACUGAAAUUGUUGCUGCUAUUCAUGAAACGAGCAUUGCUAACGGGCUCCAAAUUUCGACUGGCCACCGAAAUGGACGCAGCCGAAAAAUUCGAUGACGUAGUGUUGCAGCAAUUCGAUCCGGCACUUCAGAAAUAUGUUUGUCGCUUCGUGCAGGCUAAACACAAGCACGAAGAUGCCAAGCAAAUCCACUACACGGAUCUCAAGUCUCAAACGGAUGGUGAGUUCGGUUUGUUGAAGUAUUUCUACUCAUUCUGCAAAAUUAAAGAGAAUCAGCUCUUCGCAGACGAUGUGAUCAAAGAUUUCACACUUUGUACGAACAUCGGUUUGGAUAUCGAUGAUUUGAAACGGAAUGGUCUAACUGCCCAGCCGGUCGACUUGAAAGACGACAAAGUUUUUUUCAUUGAAAAUUCGGAAACAUUGAAAUAUCAGCUCAAUUUAGCUCCGUCAUGCACAAUGUACACGGAACUCUUAGAAACGUCCGACCUUCAUAAAAUAGCGAAAAUGUUUGCGGAGACAUUUUGUAACAAGGAAAAGUUGAACGUGAAAAACGAUUUGAUGAAAAUGUACAGCGGUGUCUUCUUCGCCGAGAGGAUAAUCGACAGAUCCAGUCAAACGCUAACGGACGACUUCUGUAACGACAAGUUGCCAGAUGUUAGGGAGUUUCGGCAAAUUUUUGAACGAAAAGCAAUGCAAAUUCUAACGAAAGAUAAGUCGCGCACAUUAACGAAAGAUAAAUCUAAUUUUUGGUCAAUUGUACGGCAACAGAAAUUGUCGUGGACGGGUGGAUUUGAUUCCAACACGAUUCACAAGAAAUUCCCACUCAACAAUGUCACUGCCAGUUUUAGUGGCGGAAUUUUUCGACCGAUUCUUCAUUAUUACCAAUCUGCCCAAUGAACAAGAUUUAGAUAUUGUGAUUAGGAAGGAGUUAGGCGAGAAUAUCAGUCUCUUAGACCCUAGCCUCAUUUAUUCCGGCCUACUAACGGAACUGCUCAACUGGCUCAAACAUACCAAUAAAAUCAAGCACAGUGAGGGUACAUUCAUAUCAGAAAGUGAGGCGAACAAUCUCAUGGAAAGCAUAGAGACAAAACUAUCCGAACUAGUCGUCUCGGGUAUAACGAGGGACAUUGUAGCCGAUGUGUCUGAAAUACAAUUCAAAUUCGAUGACAUCAAUCAGUCUCUGAAAGACUUCGCCAGGACUGGCUCCACAGUAAAAGUUUUGUUUCUAGAGUCUAGUCCCAAUGCGAGAUUUGGAACAGCGAAAGUUGUUCAAGUUCUGCAACACAAUGGCAUUAGAAAUUACAUUGUAGUCACGUUAGACACGCUGCUCAAACUGGAAACUUUAUUUGCGUCAGCAGUUUUGAAUGGCAACAGUGAAAAUUUCCUAAUUCUUGAGUGCGAUUCCGACAACCAAAAGUAUUCUCCUGCUCAGCACGAGCAAGCUUUUCAGAUGCUAAAUCGUAUCGCCAACAAACUAAUUUUGGUCGCCCAAGAGGAUAAUUCAUUUACGCAAUUGUUUAUCAAAUUAACCGUACCGGAUGCAACAAAAUUUCAACAAUUGUGCGACAAGUCCCAGGACUCCUUUCUGAAUAGAGAACUAUCGUUCCAAGGUGUGCGCACAAAUAUUCGCAGUGUCGUUAAAGAAGACGUGCGCCUCGUAACGGACACUCUGUUCACGCAACUAUUUGAAAAUGAGGAAAUCUCCAUCGACUGCAAUAAUGAAUGGAUGGUUCGAAUGCCGGAUUUCAUUCCGAGAACAUUGUAUAGGUCCGUAGCCUUUACGGAAUCGGAACUCAUUGACCGUGUGGCUAAGGUACCAGAAAUUCUUGUUGCUGUGCAUGGCCGGGUCAUGAGUGAAUUGGUGGUGAGAGUAUUGAACCAGAAAUUGAAGCAACGACUGAAUGACGACUCGUUCAUGGACAGAUUUUUCUUCAUCAAAUCAGAUGGCAUGGACGACUUUCGCGAACGUAACAACGGGCUGGCGAUGGUGCGUGUUAAACAAUUGAGUCACGAUGCAAAGUUUUUAGUUGAAGAAAUGAUUUCGAAUGGACUGGAUGAUCACGAGAAAUAUAGAAUGUUCACAACGCAGGAGUUUUUUCCUCGGACCAUUGCUGAUUUUUCGAAAUUCAAGAAUGACAAUAUUUUGUUAGUGGGAGAGGCGGGCAUGGGAAAGUCAACAUAUCUGAAUGAACUGGCAUAUCGGACAAAAGCCGACGAACCUCAUCUGUGGAUAACGAAAAUCAAUUUGAACGAUUACACGGACAUUUUAAAGGAAGCAUCCGAUGGGGACACUGUUGACUAUGAGACCCUUCUGAUAGAAUUAGCCACGGAUCACCUAACGGAAGAUUAUGAACGAAUUGUGUUUUGCAAGAAGUACAACGAUGAUGAAGUUGUGCUGAUUCUGGAUGGACUGGACGAGAUCAGUCCUACAUUCAGUGAUAUGUCGAUUGGAUUGUUGAACUUUGCUUUAGAGCAGCCGUCUAAGAAGCUAAUCGUUGCGACAAGACUGCAUCUGUGCGACUCGUUGCGAAGCCAUCUCCAAGAGGACGCUUUCUAUUUUCAACCGUUGACCGUUGCAGAGCAAAAAAUUUAUUUGAAGAUGAAGUGGCUGGAUGGUCUCGCCACCAAUUCAUCUUUCACCGAAGAUUCAUUCGAUCUAUUCAUUAACACUCUGUUCACGAAUAUUUUUAGUCAGAAGCAGAGUACGAAAAUUUCUAGCGUUCCGCUGCUGCUAUCAUUCAUUGCAGAAAUUUUCAAAACUGACUUCCGAUUGUUCCACGACACAUUGGACAUGGGUAGUGUGCGGUUGUGCAGCGGUCACUACAAUAUUGUCAAUCUCUACGACGAUUUUAUAGACUUAAAAGUUCGGCGUUACAAGGAAGACAAGAAUAGGGCAUCCACGAGCAAUGUGGGAACAGCCAAACUAUACGAAAUAGUCUGUCCGCUGUUAAGGGACGCGCUUCGCAAUGUGGCAUUGCGGCAAUUUCCUCAAUUUUAUUCCGUCGACCAUUUGGGAAUACUGGACGAGAAAGUGAAAAAUCUCUUUCCCCACGAAGAACUUAUCAGGGUCGGCCUAUUGCAGUCGGUCCGAGCCAAUUUUGAAGGACUGCAUUUUGUUCAUUUUAGUUUCACGGAAUAUUUCAUAGCCGAAGUGUUGGCCGAACGGUGCGAAAAAUUUCCGAAGCCCGGCAUUUUCCAGACCUUGCUCGAUAUUUCGCCGAACGUUUCGAUGUUCUUCGAUCUGAUGUUAAGUCGUGGACUGCCCUUGCAUCUGGCAAUAUUACUGGAUGACAGAACUCAAUUCGAGCCUGAGAAAUUCGAUAAGAAAUAUUUCUGAACUCAACGGAUCGGUUCGGAAGGUCUCCGUUACAUUUAGCGAUCGAUCAAGGCUUGGUAGACGUUGCAU